UAGAGUCUGAGCAUGGCUGUGCUUUGUUGUGGGUGUUGCUCUCCUUUGUAAACUCUGGUUUUCCAUUUCAGCAAGAUCCAUACAUAGCAUCCAUGGAACACCACACGGACUGGGUGAACGAUGUUGUCCUCUGCUGCAGUGGGAAGACGCUAAUAUCUGCAUCCUCUGACACGACGGUAAAAGUCUGGAACGCACAUAAAGGGUUCUGCAUGUCCACACUCAGGACACAUAAGGAUUAUGUAAAGGCCUUAGCGUAUGCCAAGGAUAAAGAGCUGGUGGCAUCGGCUGGGUUGGACAGACAAAUAUUCCUUUGGGAUGUGAAUACUCUAACAGCAUUGACUGCCUCAAAUAACACUGUCACAACUUCUUCUUUAAGUGGGAACAAAGAUUCCAUUUAUAGCCUGGCCAUGAACCAACUGGGAACAAUCAUUGUAUCAGGGUCCACUGAGAAGGUUCUGAGAGUGUGGGACCCGAGAACCUGUGCGAAGCUCAUGAAGCUGAAAGGGCACACGGACAACGUGAAGGCUCUGCUGCUGAACAGGGACGGCACACAGUGCCUCUCUGGGAGUUCUGACGGGACAAUUCGACUGUGGUCACUUGGCCAGCAGAGAUGUAUAGCAACGUACCGAGUCCAUGAUGAAGGCGUUUGGGCCCUACAAGUCAACGAUGCCUUCACACAUGUGUAUUCUGGAGGAAGGGACAGGAAGAUUUAUUGCACAGACCUGAGAAACCCUGACAUUCGGGUCCUGAUUUGUGAAGAAAAAGCACCAGUUCUCAAGAUGGAACUUGACAGAUCAGCAGACCCUCCUCCUGCAGUCUGGGUUGCAACAACAAAGUCUACAGUAAAUAAGUGGACACUGAAGGGAAUUCAUAAUUUUCGAGCCUCUGGUGAUUAUGACAACGACUGUACAAAUCCUAUAGCACCCCUCUGCACACAGCCCGAGCAAGUUAUUAAAGGGGGCGCUAGUAUCAUUCAGUGCCACAUCCUUAACGAUAAGAGACACAUACUAACCAAAGAUACGAAUAACAAUGUGGCGUACUGGGACGUGUUGAAGGCGUGCAAAGUAGAAGAUUUGGGCAAAGUGGACUUUGAAGAUGAAAUUAAGAAAAGAUUUAAAAUGGUGUAUGUUCCAAAUUGGUUCUCAGUAGACCUCAAAACAGGGAUGCUGACUAUUACUCUGGAUGAAAGUGACUGCUUUGCUGCAUGGGUUUCUGCAAAAGAUGCUGGCUUCAGCAGUCCCGAUGGGUCAGACCCAAAAUUGAACUUAGGAGGACUUUUGCUACAGGCUCUCCUGGAGUACUGGCCAAGAACGCAUGUGACUCCCAUGGAUGAAGAAGAGAACGAAGUGAACCAUGUGAGUGGGGAGCAGGAGAGCCGAGUCCAGAAGGGAAAUGGAUAUUUCCAAGUGCCCCCCCACACCCCUGUGAUCUUUGGCGAAGCUGGAGGUCGCACGCUAUUCAGGCUACUCUGCCGAGAUUCCGGGGGCGAGACUGAGGCGAUGCUUCUCAGCGAGACCGUGCCACAGUGGGUGAUUGACAUCACCGUGGAUAAAAAUAUGCCCAAAUUCAACAAAAUUCCUUUCUACCUCCAACCUCAUGCAUCUUCAGGAGCAAAAACUUUAAAGAAAGACAGACUCUCUGCCAGUGACAUGUUGCAGGUCCGGAAGGUGAUGGAACACGUCUAUGAGAAAAUUAUCAACCUGGAUAAUGAGUCUCAAACCACCAGCUCUUCUAAUAAUGAGAAGCCAGAGCAGGAGAAAGAGGAGGACAUUGCUGUGUUGGCAGAGGAGAAAAUUGAGCUUCUGUGCCAGGACCAGGUUUUGGACCCAAAUAUGGACCUUCGGACAGUAAAGCACUUCAUAUGGAAGAGCGGUGGAGACCUCACCCUCCAUUACCGUCAGAAGUCCACGUGAAUGGUGAGCCCAUGUUCCCGGGUUGUUCACCAGUCACCUUCCUCUGUGGCCCCAAGAGUAGUCCUAGGAAGCCCGCCAAGCCCUGUGGGAGCAAGCCCUCCAUCGGCCGAUUGGUAAAGU